CCACGGAGCGGAGGCAGAGGGAGGGAGAGCGGAGCCACGGAAAACACGUCCAAAAAAAAAGAGACAAACAAAAAAACAUUUUAUAAAGCUGCGCGGUGAUUUUAUACGUCUUUUUUCCUCUCUCGUUAUUCUUUAAUUAAUAUUAUUAUUAUUAUUAUUAUUUUGUACCGGAGGAGGAACAACGAGUCAACGAGGCUCCACUGCGGCUGAUCAAUUUCCUUUUUUAUUAUUAUUAUUAUUUUUGUUUUUUUGUUUUUCCAGACGUGGGGAAUUACAAUGAAAAAUGUAGGUGACACGUUUUCUCUCAUCACCCGGGAACCACAGUAGGAGCCGCUGCGAAUACAAGGAAUCAGUGUGAAACCUGAACAGCGGAUGUGACUCUGGAGGAAACAGAAGAGGAAACUUCUCUGCUGCUUCAUCAGGCUCAAACACUGAACUGUUCCCACUCCUGUUUUUGGGAUCAACCAACGUACUUUUUUUUGCUUUUUGUUCCAAGCGAGACCAAAACCAGGUGCCAAAACUGACUGUGUCAAGAGAAGAAGCAAAAAAACAAAUAAAAAUAAUAAUAAUCAUCUUACAUAACAUUUCAUUUAGUGGCUUUAAAGCAGCUUUAUUUACUUCCCUUCGCCUCUAUUAGAUUCCAUCACGGCGUCGUACGUCUCCUUUAAAGAGUUUAUAUCCGUCGUCUUCGCUCGGUGUUUGCUGCUCUUUACGCUCAAACUGUGUCUUUUCUUUCUCACCGGGACGAAGAAGCUCAGUGCAUUAACGCUUCAAAGUGCUUUAUAAUCAGAUCGUCCGGGGCCGAUCGAUUCGUGUUUGGCGAGCGGCGAUAAAAAAAAAAAAAAACGCUUCGCGUCGUCUCCGGGGCGGUUUGAUUGACAGGCGCCGCCGCUGCUCUUUAACGGCGACUAUUAAAAUCUGCUGCUUCUCGGAGAUACGUCUCAGUCUGGGAAACACUGCCGACACUUUACCGAUCUCCUUCUUCCAGUCGCUCCUCUGUUUCUUCCACCUCUAUUAUCUCCUUUUAUUCCACCGAACAAACAUGCAAUUUAAACCCUCUCACUGUUCCCGUUUAUCCGCGGACGGAGGUCUCAACAUAACCUGAAGCCAUAAACCUUCAUGAAGAAGACGCCUCCCGCUCCUCCUCCUCCUCCUCGUCCCUCGUCUUUCUGCGUCUUUCCGGAUCGUCUCCUUUGCCGCGUUGACGGAUGAAUCCGGAUAUUUUCAUGUCUGUUCUGUGGGCAGAACCGCGCUGCCCUGCUAGAACCGGGCCCAAGCCCUCAUUUGUCCUCUUCUGCUGGGCCAAGCUCAACUCGGAGCAGAGACACUCGGGCAUCGAGGGCAUCGAGCGCACAUAAGCCUCUACCCAUCACUCCCCUUUUAAAAAAAAAAAAACAACUCCAGCAUUUUUAACCUUUACUGACUCUCUUCCUUUCAUUUGGUUUAUUUUUUUUUUUUUGGGGGGGAGAAAAAAUUGCAAAACAAGAUGUAAAAGACGUCACAGCUUGUGCCAAAUUGACAGACUUCCUCUCUAAAGCUGCCAGCGCUGUUGUUUACAGACACACACUCACACACAUUUCUACUUUUAUUUAUUUUUCUGUUUGUUUGUUUGUUUGUUUUUCUCCACGCAUGAUUUCACACAUCAUUCAUCCACGCAGGACAACAGAAGUGCCAAACUCGGAGAGGACGGACACAUCCAGCGUCUGUUAAAGCUCAUCGCGAGUCGCGGGUUUACAUACGGCGCUAAAUGUUUACAGCCUCCGCGUCCGUUCAGUCUUUCCCGCAGAUAUAAGACUUCUUUUUCUUUUAUUACAUUUAGAGUUUACAGUCGGCUCGCUCGUUUUGUUUACAGAAGAACACAUAUAUAUAUAAAUAUAAAUAUAUAUAUAUAACCUACUGCCUGUUUGAAAUCACCGACAGACCAAACUUAAUAGUGUUUUAUGAUUUGCGUUGAGAUCUGCGGCCGUCGGUGCAGGCGAGUUCAUACGAGGCCUAAAAAACUCUGAAAGACCUCCAUGUUUACAGAAGCUGCUCACAGGAGAGGGCCAUGUUUACAGGUGAACCCGUGGAAAUGCCAAAUUCACGUCCGUGGGACACGUUUUGCACCUGUGUGAAACAAGAAGGGAAUUAUUAGUUCUUCCUCCUGAAGGUUUUUUUUUUUCAACAAGAAGAAGAAGAAGAAGAAGAAGGACACUAACAUUUUUUUACUUAGUGGCUUGAGAACUUGAAACGAUGGGAUCUCUAAAGGUUUGCUCAUCCCUCGCCGUCCUGCUUUUCUCCUGCCUCGCUGUUUCCUCGGCAACCGUCGCCAUGGAGCGCCGGGCUGCCGACGGCGACGCCAGGACUCUGACCGGUGAUGGAGGUGGAGGUGGAGGUAAAGGUGGAGGUGGAGGUGGUGGCAAGCCCAGCAACACCUUGCUCCUCCUGACCGGCUUCAAACCGCCGCCGUCCCCCCGAGGAGGAGGAGGAGGGGGAGGAGGAGGGGGAGGAGCCAAAGCGGCGUUGAAAACAGCCGAGGUGGAGGACGUGGCGGAGCUCCCCCCUAAGCCCCUCCCACAGACCAUGUUGCCAAGGAACAUGACGGCCGACGCCCUGAAGCCGCCGCUCGGCGCCGCCCAGGUGGCUCCGCCUCCCAGGCAGCUCGUAGACGUGGACGUGUGCAGGGGCUACUUUGACGUGAUGGGGCACUUUGACAGCACCUUCAACUGCUCCCAGGGCAGCUACAUCUACUGCUGCGGCACCUGCCACUACCGCUUCUGCUGCGAGCACCAGCGGAACCGCCUGGACCAGGACUCCUGCAACAACUACAACACCCCCGUCUGGGCCGAGACCCAGGGCGCCGUCACCGUUCCCGCCGGCAACAAGCCCGACCCGGACUUUGAGACGCUGCAGCAGCAGAACAGCAGCACGGCCUACGUGAUCGGAGGCGUGAUCUCGUUCACGCUGGUGGUGGCCGUGGGCGUGAGGAUCGCUUUCAGCAAGGUGGCCCGUCGACCCCGCAACAGAGACAUCAACAUGCCCAGAUCACUGGUGGACAUCCUGCGCCACCAGUCGAGUCCCGUGCAGCCGGGCGAGAGGAACAACGCGGUCUUGACCACCACCUCAGACGGACGCAUGUCCAAAAACCUCUACACCCCCAUCCUGCAGAGCAAAGACAACCGCACUGGGAACUUGCACCACCAUUUUAACCAGCAGGGCUCAGCUCCCAGCCCCAAACACUCUGCUACCAUCGAGCGUGGACCCCGAAUGAACAACACCCCCCAGCUCUCCUCCGGCGCUGCCCUGAUGUCCGGCGGCGGGAAAGGUCCCGGGGGAGUCGGCAUCGGUGGCGGCGGCGGCGGCGGCAUCAUCGUAGGAGGAGGCAUGAGGCACAACAGCAGCCACACGUCCUUCUCCCACUCCUUCCACAACCUGGCCCAGCUGCCGCCGUCCUACGAGUCGGCCGUGAAGCCCGAGAUCAACCGCUACAGCUCCCUGAAGAGGCUGGAGAAAGAACUGGACGAGUACUCCAGCUACUACACCUCCAAGCGCCGCUCCAACAACGCUCCGCCCUCCUUCCACUCCUCCCAGCACCACCUGCCCUGGGGGGGCGAGUACACGCUGGGAUCCAGGGGCACGCUGCCCCUCCACGGCUCCCGGCCCCACCUCCACAUCCCGGCCUCCACCCCGAACCCGUACCCGCUGCCCGCCCAGACCCACUACACCAGCUCCAGCUUCGACAGGCCGCCGCGCCGCGUCCGGUCCCAGGACCAGCUGCUCGCACUCGGGGAGGGCAACACGCUGUCCCGCCUGUCCAAGAACCAGCAACACCAGUACUACAAAGCCAUGAUGAGCACCAGCAGGAGCUCCACGUCACAGACCCUCCGCCGGUCGCACGAGCGUCUCCUGGUUUCCCCCGACCGACUGGAGGACCGGCUGAUGACCCUGGGCAUGGUGGUGGGAGGAGCCGAAAGAGGAGUGGGCGGCGGCAUGGUUCCCACCAUGGGCCGGCUCAGCCACCACCAGAAGGCCCAGUCGCAGCAGAACAUCUGCGCCACGCCGUCCAUGGACCGACACCACAUGAUCAAGAUGAACUCCCACCCGACGCCCGGCCACGACCACGACCCGCCACGCGGCGCCGCCUCCGCCGCCGCCGCCGCCAUGACCGGCAUGGGGCUGCACGGACACCCCAACGCCCGGAGGAUGGCCUUCGCCAACAAGAGGCAGAACACCAUCGAGCAGCUGCACUUCAUCCCCGGAGGUGGAGGAGGUGGAGGAGGUGGGGGCGGAGGAGGGCAGGGACUCCGGACUGCGAGUAAGAACGAGGUGACAGUGUGAGGGGAAGAUAAACCACACGAUGGAAGAUGUAAAGUAGCUGAAGGGAGGAGGGCGGACGAGAUAAAAGUGGAGAGAUUUUGAUCUCGGCUGGCUGCCUCGCACUCUGCCCUGAGAAGGAGGCGGCGGAAAACAGCGCCCCCUUUGGUCACAGCGCUGCACGACAGCAUCAAAUCUCAUCGCGAAGCUAAAGCCAAUCGAUUCUCUCCCGCGUCACUUUGUGUAAGAGAAUAUUCAGCCAUUCUUUGAAAAGGGAAGACCAUUUAAAAAGAGCAAAAAAGUAAAUAAAUAAGUAAAGGAGCAGUUUAAAGGCUGCCGGGUUAUUCGCUGUGACUUUUAUCGAAGGAUGUCCGUCCACCGAGUCAAAAUUUUGUUGAAUUGUCCUUGAGUUUUAUUGCACUGUCCUCGACGUUCAUCCAUCUUUGAAUCCGAGCGCCGAGCGCAGAGGCAGACGGCUUCGCUUGUCUUUGUAUUUAUAUAAAAGUAUUUAAAAACCUAACAAGUCGCUUUUAUAUGAAAUUAACAUGAUGAUUAUUAUAAUUAUAACAAUAACAAUACUGAGCCCUGUAGGAUUUUGUGUAUACUAAGUCGAAAACAAAUGAUAUUUAACCUUUUAGCCGGCCUGGUUUUUUACCUGAGAGGCUGGCGAUCAUUUCUUUCUCUAGCUGUGAUUAGAUAAUCAAUAAUCCAGCCUUGUUCGGUCAUUUGUUUGCUUUGUGGCUUGAUUCACUCCGGGUGAAAAUGAAGCCAGUAAGAAUGCAAAAAUAAAAUCAACUCAAAAACUGCUGCUGUAAAAGGCCUGGUCACACCAGCGUUUCACCACGAAAUCAAAUAAUCUGGUUGCUGUUAUCGCUGGACUUUCAUGAACUUGGCAAAUUUGGAGGAAGCCAUUGUAGCUAAAGAGAAAAUUGUUAGCAGACGGCUAAUGAUGGGGCCUUCGUGCCCCAUUAGAUUUUUUUUCUUCCCCCCUUUCACCAUGAAAUGAAAUAAUCCAGUCUACAGCUACAAGAAAGGAGAAGAAAUGUUUAAGAAACUUUGUGGUGUUGUUGCCCCAUUAGCAACUAACAUGCUAACAUGACGCCAAGACAAACUAUUCCCACUCUCUUUGCUAACUCUGUGUUAAAUGAAAUGAUCGACAUGUUAACUACUACAAACUGCCCAAUAAGUGGGUAAAUGGUUGAAGAGAAAAACUGGUGUGUUAGCAGUUAGCCAGAGCAUGUUGUUGUUUGCUGAGGAAGCUACGAGACGGAAUUUUAAAAUAGAAAUAUUUAACAAACUUAGCAAUGUAAUUGCUCUAUUAGCAUGCUAGCUUGACACCAAGACAACCUUCUCAGUCUCUUUGCUAACUCUAAAUCACAUUACACAACGUUAAACUGCUAAAUUAGUAAGAAAACAUAGAAAGACUUGAAGGAAAUGUGUUUGAAGCUAUUGUGAUUAGCAUAUCCUGGCUAGCUGGUGUGCUAGAAGUUGGCUAUAGAGAAGUUUUUUUGUUGUGUUUUUCUUGUGUGACCUUGAGGAAGCUCUCAUAGUUUAUCUGUGAGCUAUGAGAUAGGACCUAAAAUAUAAAUGUUUGUGAUUUUUAGUGACUAGCAUGCUAACCUAACACCAAAACAACCUUUUCCACUCUGUUCGCUAACUAUAAAACAAUGUAAAUGUUAAGUAUAAGCUACCAAACUAGUGACAAAACAGAGAAAGAUGGAACUGAAAUGAGUUUGGAACUAUUUGACUAGCUAACUGGUGUGUUAGCAGUUAGCUAAAGCGAAGUGUGGACGUUUUUUCCUAUUUUUGUUGUUUCUGCAUAUUGAGAAUCCUAAACUAGCUGUGAACAAAGUAUAAUUAUCUCUAAAUAUGGAUUGGGGACAACAAGAGAAAAAAGUUAACAAUAGAAAUGUUUAUGACGUUGAUGCCCCAUUAGCGACUAGCAUGCUAACAUGACACCGAGACAACUUUCUCCACUCUCCUCGCUAACUUUGUAUCAAACGAAAUGUUAUAAACUUGGAAGUUCAUCAGCUUUAGAGAAUGAUGGAAUUCAAAUAAGUUUGGAGCUGAUGUGACUACAAUGUCCAGGCUAACCUGAUGUGUUAGCAGUUAGCUAAGGCUAAAUGUGGAAGUUUGUUCCUGUUUUUUUCUUAUGUGACAUUGAGAAAAUUGUCAUAGUUUAUUA